AAACCGCUAGGCGGCGCUUUGAGCAGUAGCUGAUAAUCGUGUCGACGAUCGACUCAGACUGGUAGCCCGGAGUAUCAAGUACGGAGCUUAGUAGAAAAUAAAUUGACUGACAACAGGAUACUAAAGUUGAUUGCAUUGAAGAUCGAGGAAGUAGAUAAGAUACUUUAAAGAGCCAUGGCAAACCAAGGAGGCAACCCAAAUAUGCAGCAAGGAUAUGGAGGAGCACCUCCUGGCCAGCAGCAAAUGAUGCAAGGAGGAAUGCCGCCACCACCCCCAGGUCAGCCUUACAUGUACACACAAGGAAUGCCCCCUCCAGGCCAGCCCUAUAUGCAAGGAAUGCCCCCUCCAGGCCAGCCCUAUAUGCAAGGAGUACCCCCGCCACCCCCAGGCCUUCAGAAUGUACAGCAGCAGUGGGUACCUAAGCCUGAACCAAUCACUGGCGUUCCCCCAGGGCUGGAGUAUCUGACCCAGGUGGACCAACUCCUGAUCAAGCAGCAGAUAGAGUUGUUGGAAGCUUUCACUGGAUGGGAGACUGCCAAUAAGUACAAGAUCACAAACACACAAGCUCAACAAGUCUUCUUUGCAGCAGAAGAGUCAGAUGCAUGCUCCCGGCAGUGUUGUGGACCUAACAGAUCAUUUACAAUACACAUAACGGACAACAUGGGACAAGAAGUGAUUCGGGUGGUUCGAGACUUUAAGUGUGGUGCUGGCUGCCCGUGGUGUGCCUGUAUUGGUGCCUUGGCUCAUGAGGUCACCAUCGAGGCACCACCGGGACAGGUGGUGGGAUAUGUUAGACAGGGACAAAGUUGGUGUCCUCCCAAAUAUUCCAUACGGGAUGCUAAUCAACAGGAAAUCCUGCGCAUGGAAGGACCAACCUGCAUGAUCACUGGACCGUGUUGUCCAAAUGACAUUGAUUUUAAUAUUUUUGGACAAGACGGGACCACGGAGGUCGGCAAAAUCAGCAAGCAGUGGAGUGGAAUGCUGAGAGAGAUGUUUACAGAUGCUGACAACUUUGGAGUUUCAUUCCCCAUGGAUCUGGAUGUCAAGAUAAAGGCUGUGAUGAUAGGAGCAGUGUUUCUCAUUGAUUUCAUGUACUUUGAGCAAAAUCAAAACCAAAGACACCACUAUUAAAUGGAGAGGAUUAGGAUGAAGAUGAUGAAGGUGGAAAUGAUAGCAAUUUGAUGCUGAUUUUGAUAUUAAGAGACCUGCAUACAUGUAGAUAAAGCAAAAGAAAAUUAUAUGAUGUGUCUUCUAAUGAAAUUGAUAGAAAUUGGACUAUUAUAUGUACAAAUUAUAUAAAUUUUUAAAAUAAAUUUAAUAUCUUAUUGUAUUAAGCUGAAUAGUAUAUAUGCAUUCUAUUUUUAUAAUAUACAUGUAUGUAUUUAGCAGUUAGAAAGCAUUCUCCAGCAAAAGAGCUAUUGAUUUAUGAUUAUAUACAGUAUGCAAAUUUUAUGUUUUAAAACCAGUACAUGUUUUUCAAUUGAUGCAGUUGUGAAGAAAUGUAUGAUAAUUGCUACUUUCGACAUUUAUCUCAUUUUUAUCAGAAGUUGUCCAGAAAACCUGUUGAAAAUGCAUUAACUUUGACAAUAUUUAAUGAAGUAUAAAUUUCACCUGUCUCACCUACUAACAUUUUUUUCUGAGGGUCUGUUUGUUUUUGUUUUUUUACAAACUAUCCCAGUGAAUUGAUGUGAUAUUAUUUUCGAUGCAAGUUAGACACUUCCUGCAACUAAAAAACUGCAUAAUUAUUAUUAUGGGAUUGAAGACAAUGAAUAUUGAUUAAUGCCCAUAGCUACAUGUAUUUCCUAGUGGCUAUUACUUUUAUGUUCAAUAUUCCCUUAUUAUUGUUCAGUUUCUUUUUCAGCUUUUAUUCCUUUCUUUUGAAGUGUUUAAUGUAUUAGACAUAACUUUAUCUGUAUUUUUUAUUUAAUAUUUACUAAUAAAAUAUUAUAUUUUAUAAUUUGAUUUAUCAUAAGAAAUCAGAGAAUGUAGGUACAUGUAGAAUGGUAAAAGUUCAUUUCAAUCUAUUAAUUAUGACGAAAUGGUAAAUGGUUUUCAAGUCUUGGGUGUCUAAAGAAUAGAAAUCCACAUUGUGAUAAUGCAGAGAAGAAAAAAAAACCAUCACAAAAACACAUAUCCCUCGUUCUUACACACACACCUGACAUGAUGCGAACAACCCUAAUGUAACUACAAAGUAUAUAUAGGUGAUAAAGAUUUUUACUCCUAACCUUGGAUGUUUCAUUAUACAUGUACUCUCAUUCUGAAUUUUAUCUCUGUACUACAUGCUUUAACUUACAUUAAGUUAAUCUAUUGCUGGUAUCUUCUGUGUUCUUUUCUGGGGGGCUAAUUUUUACGUACCUGAGUUUUUAAUAACUGUGCAGACCUAAAGGUUUUACAUCGUCUACUAACAUAUGAUUUCCCUGUCAGAGUAACCUUCAUUAUUGACAAUUGCUUACAUGUAUUUUUUAAAUAUUUGUUCUUUUAAUGUGAUACUGUAUUUAAGGAGUUAAUUUAUUGUGAUAAAUAUAAUGUCUGUUUAUACAGAAACCAAUAUGCUAUUAAGAAAAUUAUAUAAUCUUGGAUAUUUACAGAAGGAAGAAACCUGUGGUACAUAGUAUUCUUUGAUUAUUCUUUAUAUUUUAUGUGUAAAAGAUUUAUCUUUGAAAUCCAGUUAUUGAAAAAUACCAAUUUAGUUGCUGUUUUUAACUUUAAAACAUGAGACUUGUGUUAGAAAAAAAGUUUUUUUUUAUUGGAGUUUUAGUGUUUGACACAAAAUGUUUCUUAGCUACGAACGUUUCAAUCGUUUUGGUAUUAAUUCUGUGAUAUUGUUUUUUUUCAGGAUUGAGUUUUAUCUUAAUAAAUUUUCAUGUUUCUUUAA